AUGAAUGAUAUGGAUACUAGAACUGAACCUAAUGUCCAGCUGACAGAGACACCAAAGCUUGCCCAGAGAGAGUUUGCAGGAGGAGAUGCGGAGUCAUCGGUCAAGAAUCAGCUUCCGGAGAUCAAUUCGAGUCUUAAUAGAGAGGCAAUCGAUGUUGGUAUGUUGCCGACUCCAACGGCAAAUGUGUUUACUUCACCAGUUAGGGUCAAUAAGUCACCUGGGGGUUUUGAUGCCGGGCUGCAGGUCGAGAAAAGACGUAACAAAGAUAGCGCCAGUAACUCUGGAGUUCCAAGUCCUACGAUAUCUUCUGUGGAUACUCACGAGGAAGUACUCGAUGAAGAGCUCUCAAAACUUGGUACCUACAUGAAUCGUGAUGUCACUCAUAAAAUAAAAGGAAGGAUGUUAUCUGAAUAUAUUCCAAAUAAUUCAAUGGGCGAUGGUAGUGGUGGUGUUGCUGUUCAGCGUUCAAUUUCAUUAAAUAAUCGUGUCGUCGAGAAACCUAGUUUGAAGAAAGAGACUAUCAUCAAUGAGGUUAUCACUUCUGUACCAUCGGAUAAAGAAAAUGAACAAAAAGCUGAUGGUACGAUUAUUAGGGGAUACAUGGCUAACACUCCAAAUCAUAUUAGCUUCCAAUGGUCUAAAAUAAAAGAGAUUGGGUCAGGAAAUUUCAGUACUGUCUAUCUUUAUGAAUGCAUCGAUGAUAAUUUGAACAUCAAUUUAAAUCCGGAACUGAAAUAUGUGGCAGUUAAAAGCAUUAAAUAUCCGAGAGAGUUACUUAUGAGCUCAUCUCCGUCAUCUCCGAAAUACAAAGAAUUAUUGAGUCGAGUUGUAAGUUCUUUGAAGCGGGAACUGACCACUCUAAUUUCUGUGCACCAUCCAUGUAUCGUGAAACUCUUUGCAAUCAAUGAUACCACGUUUAUUACAGAUGAACAUCCAUUGUACGGAAGGCGUAAGCUCUCUGCUUUACCCAGAUGUGAUAUGAUAAUGUCAUAUUGCACUGGUGGUGAUUUGUUCGAUUUGGCUAGCAAAACUAAAAUUCCAAACUGGCUACUCACCAGAAUUAUCACAGAAUUAUCCGUUGCCAUAAAAUAUUUGCAUGAUAAUUUUAUCAUUCAUCGGGAUAUUAAACUUGAGAACGUCUUAUUAAAGUAUACUCUAGAUGAUAUGAUGUUAUUAAAAGAGGACGAGAGCCAGUUCUUUUCAAAGAAUUUCGUAGAGUUAGCAGAUUUUGGUCUCUGUAAGAAGAUAACCCCAGAUGAAAUGUGUACAACCCGUUGCGGGUCAGAGGACUAUGUUUCUCCUGAAAUUCUCUUAGGACUUCCGUAUGAUGGAAGAAUCAGCGAUGCUUGGGCCUUUGGAGUAAUUACUUAUGCAUUGUUGGAAGAUAGGUUGCCGUUUGACCCCUUACCUGGUCAGAGUUCAAGAAGAACCCGAUCCAUUGCCCAUAGAAUUGCAAGAUGCGACUGGAAAUGGCUAAAGAAUGCAGACACCGAUCAUCCUGCCAAAGAGAUAGUCCAGAACACACUCGUAAGAAAAAGCGAACGUUGGAACAUGGAUCAACUUUGCAACACACCCUAUAUUCGUAACAUUAUUGAUAAAUUACAGUUUUUAGACCAUCAAGGAUAA